GCCUGUCAACCCCUUCAUUGUUCGCAGCUGAUGUCACUCGCAGUUGUGAGCGGCCGCCUCUCCCGGGGACAAUGUGGGACUGAGCGGCCCAGCCGCCGCGCCGCCGCCGCCGCCGCAGGACAGCCCCAGCGAGAGCGGGCCAGGCCCCAGCGUGGACGAAUUCCCUGACCUCUGCAACCCCAGCCCCGCCUAACAGGAUGAGCAGCUCAGAUGCGGGGCUGGAGGAGGAGCCGGAGCUCAGCAUCACCCUCACGCUGCGGAUGCUGAUGCAUGGGAAGGAGGUGGGCAGCAUCAUUGGAAAGAAGGGAGAGACUGUGAAGCGGAUCCGGGAGCAGAGCAGCGCCCGGAUCACCAUCUCCGAGGGCUCGUGCCCCGAGCGUAUCACCACCAUCACUGGAUCCACAGCGGCCGUCUUCCAUGCCGUGUCCAUGAUCGCCUUCAAGCUGGAUGAGGACCUUUGCGGCGCCCCGGCAAACGGUGGGAACGUAUCCAGGCCUCCUGUCACCCUGCGCCUUGUCAUCCCCGCCAGCCAGUGCGGCUCGCUGAUCGGGAAGGCUGGCACUAAGAUCAAGGAGAUCCGUGAGACAACGGGUGCCCAGGUUCAGGUGGCGGGAGACCUGCUCCCUAACUCCACGGAGCGUGCUGUCACUGUGUCCGGGGUGCCCGAUGCCAUCAUCCUGUGUGUGCGCCAGAUCUGUGCUGUUAUCCUGGAGUCCCCACCCAAAGGAGCCACUAUCCCGUAUCAUCCGAGCCUGUCCCUAGGUACUGUCCUUCUCUCUGCUAACCAGGGCUUCUCUGUCCAGGGCCAGUAUGGGGCUGUGACCCCAGCCGAGGUCACCAAACUCCAGCAGCUCUCAGGGCACACGGUCCCCUUUGCCUCACCCAGUGUGGUGCCAGGCCUGGAUCCCAGCGUGCAAACCAGCUCGCAAGAGUUCUUGGUUCCCAACGAUCUGAUUGGCUGCGUGAUCGGGCGUCAGGGCAGCAAGAUCAGCGAGAUCAGACAGAUGUCGGGGGCACAUAUCAAGAUUGGGAACCAAGCAGAGGGUGCUGGUGAGCGGCACGUGACCAUCACCGGCUCGCCAGUUUCCAUCGCCCUGGCCCAGUACCUCAUCACUGCCUGUCUAGAGACGGCCAAGUCUACCUCUGGGGGGACGCCCGGCUCAACCCCCGCAGACCUGCCCGCCCCCUUCUCGCCACCCCUGACGGCCCUCCCCACGGCUCCCCCAGGCCUGCUGGGCACACCCUAUGCCAUCUCCCUCUCCAACUUCAUCGGCCUCAAGCCAGUCCCCUUCUUGGCUCUGCCACCUGCCUCCCCAGGACCGCCGCCUGGCCUGGCGGCCUACACUGCCAAGAUGGCAGCGGCCAAUGGGAGCAAGAAGGCUGAGCGGCAGAAAUUCUCCCCCUACUGAGGCCGGCUGAAGCACAGGCCAGGGGCAGGCAGGACCACCAGGCAGAGGGCUUCCUUCACACCCUACCUGCCCAAGGAGACUCCAGCCAGGGGUCCCCAGUGCCUCUAAAGCCCAGACGCAUGGAUGCAUCCUCCACCCUGGCUCAGUGUGCAGGCGUUCUUCCUGAGUAGGGGCACUCUCUGGCCUAAUGUUCUGGAAGCUGCGGUGGUCCCAAGGCAAGGAACCCCACUGCCUCAGCUCUGUGCUUGGAUGUAGAGAGCGGCCAGAGCCUUCUUUAAUGUUCCCACCUGGGGAGUCCCCUCCCUAGGGCUUCUCAGCCUACUGCCCCACUGCAGGGAUUAAGGAGGAAGGGCUAGAGGGUGCUGGGGCUGUGCUUAUCUCCCCACCUCCCUACAGAUUCCUGCUGCUUCCACUGACACCCUUUUGACUGGAAUGGACUGGCUGGGCUUGGCAGGGGGAAACCCUACAGGGGAGGCACUGCCGGGUAGCUGGGGGGGGCAGGGGUGGUGUGGGGACAGGGGCCGAGUUCUCAGCAGCCGACACUCUGUACAGUUUUUUCAAUCCCUGUUUUUGAAUAAAUAUUCUCAGCGACCAGGAA